UGUCCCAGGCGAAGUGAAAGUACCACAGCUGGGUGCCGUCAUCCAUGUGGAAUGAUGCCAGCCAAACUUUGCGAUCCUCCAGGGUGUUCAUUCCACGGAAGAAUUAUUCGCAUGGAUUGAGCCAAGGCAGUGGAUAGACCAUUCCGUUGUAAUUUGGAAAGUCGAGUUUGUGGUAGCACGGAGGAGGGCAAUCGUCAUCCUGCGGUCCGCCGGCGUGCAUGUGUUGCGGCCCAUCGCCGCGAAUCCAUGUGCCGAGCUUCACUCUGUCGUCCAUGGACAAUCCGGUCUUCUCCAGGCGGGAGAUAGCCACAUUGUGUGCGGUGAUCUAGUUCUUGAGGUCAUUGACGUCGCCUUUGAUCGCUGGGAUCUGGCUGACCGUCACGGCGAGGGACUUCAGUUGGGUUGCGAUGUCGCCGAGCUGCUUGACAAUGUCGUCAAUCGUCUUUGCAGCGUUGGCCAUGGGGAGCGGAAGAGCGGUCUCAGAAUACAAGUUGUCACGGCCGGUGGAAGAGAACAGCGAGUGGAGCUGGUAGCAAUGAGAUGCCGCUGAACGCGACCGAGGAACCAUGCGCUUGAACUUGGGCGGCGCCGUGAUGGCUACGCCCAAGAGCAAGGCACGGGAUAGAGGAUUGAGUUGGAUUCUAAUUGCUUCCCUUCAUUGAUUCUCACGGUUACAUAUAUAUAGAUAAUCCUGCCAACUCUUAGCUAACUCCAACUCUAACAAAUCUAACCGAAUCUACUAAUUCCAAAUCUAUCUCUAACCAAAUCAAUCCUAAUCUAACUUGCCGGUGAAGCUGCCUCCGUGGUUGGCUCAUCUCUUGGGCGCGCCUAUCGCGCACGGCGUCGCUGUUACCUUGUGUCAAGCAAGAUGGCUUUAUCAUCAAUUUUCAGGAGAGUAAAUAUCAAAGAUCUUGUCUCAAAUGUUUCGGUGUACACUAGCGCAACAGAGUCAUCUGGAGGAAUGGGCUUGGUAUUUAGACGCUGGGCCACCAAAAAGGCUGCUGGAUCCACAAAAAAUGGCCGUGACUCGAAUCCUAAGUAUUUGGGUGUUAAGAAGUUUGGUGGAGAGAAAGUGGAACCAGGAAACAUUAUUGUCCGCCAGAGAGGAACCCGCUUCCAUCCUGGGAACUACGUCGGCAUGGGGAAGGAUCACACUCUCUUCUGCCUGAAGGAAGGCCACGUGCGGUUUGAACGCAACAAGUUGACUGGCAGGAAGUGGGUUCAUGUUGAUCCUGUUGCUGGUCAUGUUCUCCACCCUGUCUACACCAAUGGCUCGACUACUGCAGCUGACAUGGAGGUGCAAUUGUAGCGACCGUGCAAUUGCUUUUGCUCUUCCUCUUCCUGCACCAAUAAAUAUGUUUGCAAGUAAGAAGUGCAAGCUGAGAGUCGGACAGGGAGAACUUCAGCAUGUUUAAUGUUGCCUUUUAUUGGCAUCUCUUUAGAACACAAAGUUGGUUUUUGUAGUUUUCCUGUGUAUCUGUGCUGCAUCAUCAGAACCAUGACUUAGAUGAUAAACAGAAACCGUUUGGUCACAUUUGAAUCAUGGAUUCUUUUAGAAAUUUGGAUGGCGCAAUUUUUCUUUGGAAA